UCUACAAGGCAACAUCGCAAGAGCAAAAAACGAGCCACAUUUCGUUUGCUGCACACAAAAACUCGUAAAAAUGGAAUACACCACCAAGACACAGAUCUACCAGAAGGUGAAGAAGCCACUGCUGGAACGCCAGCGUCGGGCACGCAUCAACAAGUGCCUGGACAACCUGAAGACACUUGUCGCCGAGAUGCGCGGCGAUGAUGGCAUCCUGCGCAUGGACAAGGCGGAAAUGCUCGAAUCAGCUGUGAUCUUUAUGCGCCAGCAAAAGUCAAAGAAAACAUCCGCCUCUACACCAGCCGCACAGCCCGCCCAGUCCGCCCUGCCUCUGGAUAGCUUCCGUAAUGGCUACAUGAAUGCCGUCAAUGAGGUGUCACGUGUCAUGGCCUCCACACCUGGCAUGAGCGUUGAUCUCGGCAAGUCGGUGAUGACGCAUCUGGGACGCAUCUACAAGAACCUGCAGCAGUUCCACGAGGCCCAGACAACAAUGGCCGUCGUCGAGAGUGAGAGCGAAAUGGACUGCUCCUCAUCAUCCAAUGCGGCACCCCUCAGCCCCGCCUCAUCUGGUUAUCACAGCGAUUGCGAGAGUCCAGCCCCGUCGCCCAUGCCAGAGGAUGCCGAGAAAUUGGGGCGCCCCUGGUAAAGUGGCAGGCGAGCAGGAUGGAAGAGAGAGAUAGAGAUAGA